AUGGAAGGAAGUCAUUCCAGGUCAACUGGAUACCUCGAGUUAGAGGAAAGAAGCGAUCCUGGCGCCAAAACGCACCCACUAUUUCCUCUUCCUUCUCCUCCUCCUCCGUCACAUACACUUUCUUCAAUGCCUUCUUCCCUGACGCCCAUUGAACCCUUCACUUCCUCAGCCUCAGCCGAGCUUGAGCUCUCUUCCCUACCCUUCCCCUUCUCAACCUCUCUGUUUCAGGCACCACCGAUUCUGAAGCAGACGCCCCAAUGGCACGGCUCCAAAAAGACUCAUCAUCCCACCCAGUCCUGCCGCCUGGGCACCUCCAGAGAGGGGCAACUCGAGUGCUUGCCCGACAGCCCUGCCCGACAGGUCGGUACCUCACUGCUCGCAUCGCCGAGACCCACGUCAGCCGAGACUCUGCCGUCAAACGGCUGUCUGGUAGGUCAUCAUGUCACGAUCACCGAUGCUGUUGGCGCCCAGUGA